AUGCCGCCCACGGAGACCUUGUUUCUUGAGUCCACAACUCGAAUCCAAAAAGACCCGAUCCAUUCUUUUAUGGAUUUCCAGGUUUGGGAUUUCCCUGGCCAACUCAAUUUCCUAGACCCAACCUUCGACUUUGAUCACAUUUUUGGCGAACUUGGCGCUUUGAUCUGGGUUAUUGAUGCUCAAGAUGAGUAUCUGGAACCCCUUUCCAAAUUGCACACGACAAUUAUAGCCAUCCAGCGUUUCUAUCCGGCCAUCAAUAUCGAGGUCUUUGUUCACAAGGUUGAUGGGCUGUCAGAUGAAUACAAACUUGACACUCAACGUGACAUCAUGCAGCGAACUCAGGACGAGCUUUCUGAUAAUGGGUUUGAUAAUGUGCAGGUUUCUUAUCAUCUGACUUCGAUCUAUGAUCACUCAAUUUUCGAGGCUUUCUCCAAAGUUAUUCAAAAGCUGAUUCCACAGCUGGGAACUCUGGAGAAUUUGUUGAAUAUCCUGUGCUCGAAUUCUGGAAUUGAAAAAGCAUUUUUAUUUGAUGUUCUGAGUAAGAUUUAUAUCGCGACGGACAGCAGUCCCGUUGAUAUGCAGAGCUACGAGAUCUGCAGCGAUUAUAUAGACGUGAUUGUUGAUGUGUCUGAAAUUUAUGGGUAUUUAGUUGACCCAUUGCAAGAAGAAGCAACAGUGGAAGCGAGCAGCAUAAUUAGGCUGCAAAAUGGGAUGGUUCUUUAUCUUCGGGAAAUCAAUAAGUACCUCGCCCUGAUCUGUCUGAUGCGUAAGGACAGCAUUGAGAAACAAGGAUUAGUCGAUUUCAAUGUUCAGGUGUUCCAAAACGCCCUUCAGCGGGUAUUUGAGGUGGGAAGGUAGUCUAAUUCUUACAUACUAGGUGCUGCCUAAUUCCUCUUUGUCUAUCUAUUUUCUCCCCCUAAAAUUUCUAUUCCUCAUUUCUACAUUU